AUGAGUAAAUACUUAAUGUCACAAAAGGAAUACCAACACAUGGAUAUAAAUACACCUGCUUGGGAAAAUGCCAACAGUGAAAAUAGAAAUAUUAAACAGAAAAACAAUCAUGACAAUAAUGUUUAUAAUCGAUCAGUUAUUUUGGAUCCUUUAAAUGUAUUCAAUGUUGACAAGAAUAGUCUAAAUCGAGUAUGUUCAACAGAAAAUGAUGUAGGGAAGAAAAGUGAUGUUGACAAUAAUUCCACUGUCCUAUCAUGUAAUUUAAAUAGUGAGAAAUCAGUUUUUAGGUCAAAAAUUAUCCCUAAUUGUAUAUCAUCUUCAAUAUUGACGGGGAAUGAAAGAAACAAGAAUUUAAUGCCUUCAUCAAUCAUGUCAACAUCUCCAUUUAAUUCAGAUAAUAAUUUACCAGUUGAUGAGGUAACAAAUCAUCCUUUAUUCCAAGCUUAUUCAGAACCAUCAUUAUUUACUACAUCUUUCCAACAAAUUUCAUCUACUGAUGUCACUUUUAUUCCAACUGUAGUUUCGUCAUCAUUAUCACCUCCUUCUUCACUUCAAAAUUCUUCUGGAACAUCUCAAUGUCACUGGAAUAUUACAAAUCCUAAUACAGAAGAACAACUACAAAUUUUAUUAAAAUUACAUAAUUUAUUUGGUCUCAGUAUUUUUGAUAAAUCAAAUCUAACCAGUAUGAACUCAAUAAGCUUGAAAGGUGAAGAUAGCACCUUUAAUAAUCAAUUAUUUCUUAAUAAUAUCAUAUCAAAUUCUAAAACAAGCUUAUCUGAUCAAAAUCAAAGCAAUUUAAGCUUAAACUUUAAUUCUGAAACAAUUUCUCCUAUCAAUUCAUCAUCUUAUAUGAUGUCCAUAAUGAUGAAUGCUCUUAUAAAUAAAGAGCUACUGGAACACUUACAUCCUUUAUCACCUUUUCAGCAUGAGGCUCUGUCUCAUCAUCAACAUCGGAAACUGAUGCAACAACAACAAAAGUUGCACUAUCAACAAUCACCUGAAAUUGUUCCACAGUUAACAGUAUCAGAUCAAAAUCAAAUUUUGGCAAACAUUUUAACAUCACGUUUAUUUUUGGAUAAUAAUGGUGAGAAAAAUAUUUUUCAAGAUUUUAAUGAAGUAGUUAAGCUUAACAAUACUAACUUAUCUCUAAGUUGUUAUGGUAAGCUGGUAGAUGAUUUACUUUAUUGUAAUACUAACUGA